AUGGGACCAUGGUCUCAGCUCCUAUGGAGCUGUGUGCUUCUAUCUACUUUCAUUACCCCGUCUCUUGGAGCAGUCAUCACAGCAAGGCCUGGUAGCGCCAGCGUGGCUGUGGUGCCCGAACUCCCUGGCGCGUGCCGCGCCGUCAUCUUACCCUUUGAUUACUCGGCCAAGAACCGUCGUGACCAUGAGCUGCCAGUCUGCAGUGCUGACGGCCCCGGUCUUGUCGCUGCUCGCGACAACAGCGGUGUCGUUGACGCUGACGGGCGCGAAAUCGUCCCUGCGUCACUCGAGACUGGCGUGUCCCUGGUAGGACGCACCGAGCUGUCUUCCCUGUUUGGGAGACAGGUAGUCGGCGGCGACGACUAUACCUGCGGUCCCGACCGCCCUUGCAAGAACAAGGCCUGCUGUCCCAAGGAGACUGGCCAGUGCAACUACGGCGAGGAAGCGUGCGGCACAUCUGGAAUCUCUCCCAAUGAGGUGUGCUGGUCCAACUGCGAUGCCAAGGCAGAGUGCGGCAAGAACGCAGCUGUCCCCGGCCAGGAGUGUCUCCUGAAUGUCUGCUGUGGCAAGUGGGGUUUCUGCGGAAUGACAGACGACUUCUGUGACAAGGAGGACCAUGGAGCCACUGGCGGUUGCCAGUCCAACUGCGAUCAGCCAGGUCCCAAGGACAAGGCUUCCGAGCAGCUCAACCGUGUCAUUGGAUACUACGAGGCAUGGAGACACGACUCCAAAUGUCAGGAUAUGGGCUUGGACGACAUCCCCGUUAACUCCCUGACUCAUCUGUAUUUCUCUUUUGCCUUUAUCAUGCCGGACUUUCAGAUCGUCGGCAUGGACAACCUGCCCGAUAAGCUGUUUACAGACUUCACCAACCUCAAGAAGAAGAACCCUGCCCUCAAGAUGGUUAUUGCCAUUGGUGGAUGGACGCACAACGACCCGGGCCCUUUGCAAAAGGUGUUUAGCAACAUGGUCAGUACCAAAGCGAACCGGUCCAAGUUCAUCGGCAACCUCAUGUCCUUCCUCCGCAUGUACGCCUUUGACGGUGUCGACUUUGACUGGGAGUACCCUGGCGCGGACGAUCGCGGUGGUGUCCCCGAGGACGGCGAGAACUUCACCCAGUUCCUUAAGGAGCUCGACGAGGAGAACAAGAAGCAGCCCGUCAAGUACAUUGUGUCCUACACAGCGCCGACGAGCUUCUGGUAUCUGCGCCACUUUGAUCUCAAGUCAAUUGAUUAUACCGACUUUGUCAACGUCAUGUCAUAUGAUCUUCACGGUGUCUGGGAUCGUGAUAACCCGAUUGGGUCUCACAUCUACGGCCACACCAACUUGACUGAGAUGAGCCUGGCGUUUGACCUCUUCUGGAGAAACGACGUCCCGGCCAAGAAGCUGAACAUGGGUCUCGGUUUCUACGGUCGCGCGUUCCAGCUGGCCGAUCCGUCCUGCAACAAGCCCGGCUGUCUCUUCAAGGGAGGCGCCACCAAAGGAGCGUGCAGUGGCGAGUCUGGCAUCCUGAGCUACCGCGAGAUCCAGCAGGUUAUCAAAGUCAACAAGAUCAAGCCCGUCCACGACAAGGAGGCCGGUGUCAAGUACAUUACCUGGAACACUGACCAGUGGGUGUCGUUUGACGACAAGGAGACGUUCAAGCAGAAGAAGGACCUCGCGGCCAAGCUCGGCCUCGGAGGCUAUCUGAUCUGGGCCAUCGACCAGGACGACGCCGAGAUGUCUGCCCUGGCUGCCGUCCUGGACCCCAAGCCCUUGGGCGACUUCAAGUCGAUCGACAAGGGUGACGAGAACUGGACGGGCACCAACGAGAUGUGCUACGUUACGAGCUGCGGCGUUGAAGACUGCAAGCCGGGCGAGAUCAAGAUCACAGACCAGAAGUGCGGCAAGAACAAGAAGAGCACUCUCUGCUGUCCCUUGUCGGGAGCCCCUGACCCCAAGUCGUGCACCUGGCGCGGAGGCGCGACCAGGUGGUGCAACGGCUACUGCAAGGACGACGAGGUCAUGACGCACAUGAGCAAGUACGGCGGCGGCCACGACUGCUGGGACGGCCAAAUGGCGCACUGCUGCGAGAGCUCCCUGGGCGAGAAGAACAUCUGCAAGUGGCGCGGCGUCGGCGAAAAGUGCCACAGUGGCGAGCUGCCCCUGACCUUCUCCGGGACCGUCCUCGACAUCCUCGACGACGUCGCCGAAAUCAUCUUGCGGGUUGUCGGUCGCGCGCACCCGCUCGCGGCCCUUACGGGUCUAGUCCUGCUCGAGGUUCUCGACGAGAUGGAUAUCGACACCCAGAAGCUAUACUGCUGCCCUGAAAAAGAGAUUGCUAAGUGGAAGAACUGCGCCUGGUACGGGAAGCCCGGCAACUGCUUCGACGGCCACUGCCCGGACAUGAAGACGGUGCAGAUCACCGACUCGUACUUUGGCGGUAGCGACAAUUGCGGCAUUCACUUGUCCCGUGUCCGCACCUUCUGCUGCGAGUCGGACGGCGAGCCCCUUUUCCUGCCCGUGGACCUCAAGAACCUGUUUGAGCACCCGCCCGAGGGCGGCUCUGACACGGACUUCACCCUCGAGACGGACAAGACGUCGGACGGCGGCGACGAUGACCCUAACGAUGCCGCGUUCCCGUUCGUGGUCCUCGUCUCGCCCGAGGCGCUCCAGAUCUCGCUCGACAAGCGCGACGGGUCCCACUGGGACGUCUUUGACUGCAACGACUCGGUCUCCGAGGGCGAGCACACGGUCCGCAUGGUCUGCAACGACCACACCCCGGACAGCAACUGCCACAAGAUUGGACUCGGCCACGGUGUCCCGGGGACUAUUCUCCAGAUGCCCAAGGGCUGUGGCCCAGGCAAGUAUGCCGUCGCCAAGAGCAUGGCACCGGCCCCUGGCAGUGACCACACCAAGCUCCUGCCCCGUCACCUGUCCCACCUCGCCGGCCUCGAGCCUGUCGUCUACGACUUGACUUUUGACUACGAUUUCCACCGCGUGCCGCGCGACCUCGGCAACACCCAGAUGCGCAUCGACUACAGCAACCAGGACGACUACUGGAACAACAUUGUCGCCGGGUCCGUCAGCCGGAAGCGAGACGUCCAUGGUCGCAAGAGGUUCGCCAAGCGCACGCUUGAAGACGUCGGCGGGAACCCGGUGCGCUGGCUCGAGGAGGAAUUCCGCGACGACUUCCACUUUGACAAGAUUGCCUCGCGGGACCUGCACGAGCGGUGGUUCGGCAAGAGCAUCCUCGAGUGGCUGGCGGCCCUCGUGAAACCCGAGAUCAAGCGCGAGUUCACGCACAAGUACGACGACAGCGUCACGGCAAAGUUGUUUGACGAGUCGUGGGACUGCCCCGGAUCGGUAGAGGGCGUCAACUACGACGGCCACCUGCUCGGCCAGGCCGUCCUCGACAUCGAGGUCGAGUCUAGCUUCGGCUUCACCCUCAUCGUCGAGAGUCUCACCCCGCCCCUCAACCUCGACCAGAGCUACCUGACCUUUUACAACAAGGGUAAGGUCACCGGUGUGGUCACCCUCGAGGCCCUCGCCCGCGUGACGUACGAGAAGAAGAAGGUCAUUCUCAACUUGCCAUUCCCCGGUGCCUCGUUCAAGAUUCCCGGAAUCGCCACCAUAGGCCCCCAGCUCACUGUCGAGGGCAGCAUCGAUGCCUCCCUCGGCAUGGCUGGCUUGAUUGAGACCAAGCUUGAGAUUGCCAAGUGGGAAGUCCGCCAAGUCAUGCCCGACACCAAUUCCUACAAGCCCGAGCUCAUCGACAACAGCAAGCCAAGCCUCGAUCGGACGGGCGACUUCUCGGGGAUCCAAAAGCCUGAAUUCUACGCAGGCGUCACAGCUUCCGGAGAUGUCACCUUUAAGCUGUCGGCCGCUGCCGAGUUUGGCGUUCGCUUCGUCGACAAGUGGGAGAUUGACCCGGCGGCCGCCGCAGUCGUGGGCGAGGUCAGCCUAACGACCAAGUUCGCAGCGGGGAUCUCGACCACGGGAACGUGCCCCUUUACCUACGGUCUCGAUGUCGGCGCUCGUUUGUUCGCGAGAGCAACGGCGCCCAAGAUGUUUGGCUGGGCUGGUGGUGAGGUUGACCUGACGGACAAGUGGGAGAAGACCAUCAUCAAGGGCGGCACUUGUCCCGACCUAGGCCCGAUACCUUCCAGGAGAAGUCGCCGAGGUCUCGACCACCUCCUCAUCGAGGGCCGCGCCGAAGACAAGGACGUGACCAGAAACAUGUCGAGGUUGGGAGCUGCCGGGCCCGGUGCCUACAGAGCCCUCGAUGUGGAGUCCAUGCACAGCUACGGCGCCAGCCUGCGCACGAGGCACAUCUCCGGCGGGCACAUGUCGUCCCUGGUCAAGAGAGGUGGUGUAUACGGCCCAGCGUUCAGCCUCCCCGCCGGCGAGUUCUUCUGCCCUUCUCGAGACGGUGAAGAAGGCAUCACGUGCGAGCAAGCAUACGAUGCCCUGGAAACGAGCAACGAGGGCGGCGCCUGGAGAGAUGCGACCAAGCACAAGAGGGAGAAGCUGACGCCGACGUCCACCAUUGAUGAAAACGCCAUCGCCGCACAUUUCCAUGCUCAUCAGCAGCGAAGUGAUGGCCAUGGCGACCACGCAGGAGGCGAGAUACUGCACAUGUUUGACAAGAGAGCCAAGCCCAAGCUGGUCAAGGCCUGUAAUCGAAAUUGCGACAUCUCGAACGACUUCCCCCCGGGCGGCCAGCUGAAUGGCGAUAAUUGGGGCUGGGUCAAUCCCGAUGACUGCGGCAACUUUGACUUUGGCAGCCCCCUGACGGCACGCGCCGCCAACGUCGAGUAUCACACGGAGCACGUCCUCGAGGCCCAGAUGAUCGACCUGUUCUUCAAGCACCUCGACAAGAAGAAGUCUAAGCUGCCCGACCCGAAGCCGAAUGCGGCCCAGGGAGCCACCGUCUCCUUCUGUGACUAUGUCGACGAGCUGUGGGAUGUGCUCCCUUUCGUGUGGCCCGGCCAGGACACGACCGGCGGCGUCGGCAAGGCUUGGAACCCCAUUAUGCACAUUGCGGCGCAGUACCCGACAAAGACGUUCAAGAGGUCCGAGUUUGUCGCCCUCGAGUCCGCCAUCAACACGCCUUCCAAGACGAGACCCUGGGCAUCCGCAAACCCGUGGGACUUUGACUCCUGGACCAAGGACCUUUCCAACUAUGCAAAAGCCAAGGUGAUUCUCCAGAAGAUGCGCAGUACAAUGGGCUCUCGCAUCUACCAGAGCCACCCGACCAUCAGGACAACCAUGAAGACCCAGACGGAACGGAUCGGCAAGGUGCUCGACGCCCUCGACUCGACCCUGCUGCCCGCCAACCAGCGCGCUGGAUACCAGCAAUGGUCGAAGCAGAACCUCGAGUCCGAGUGGCUCAGGUACAUGAAGGGCCAGUACACCACCAUGCAGUCCAAGACCAACGGCCUCGUCAAUAAUUUCCUUCCCAAGAUGAACGCUGCGUGGGUCACGCAGGCACAGAAGGACAAGUGGAAGGACGCCGCGGCUGAUACGCAGGCGGUGUUGGACGAGAAAAAGAAACAUCGGGAUUUCAUAAAGUCCAUUGAAGACUUUGAAACGAAAUGGAAUGGGCUACCCGCGUGGACGAACCCGCUCUAA